GAUGCAUUCAAAUCCAGAUGCGCGGGCCCAUUAUAUGGUCUGCGCGAGAAGGGCAAUUGAAGCCAUGAAGGUGCUGGAUGAUGGCGAGGAUUCGUUCGAUACAUCCAAAUCGGUGGCGCCAACAAUGUCAUUCGGGAUGGGAUGGGGGGAGGUUGGAGAUGCUAGCUCUGAACAAGGAACCGGACUUCUUGGUGGACAUCGUACAUUAGCUUGGGAUUUGCUGAUGCAACGGGAAGUCUCUGCUGACGAGGUGAUGUUCGGAGAGCUGGAGAGCCUGGCGCGGGUUGAGUGCUAAGGACAUCUGCUUUCAUUAUAUAUAUAUAUAUAUGGAUUGAAUUGUACUUUGCUGUGUAUCCGUAUGUAACUGCUACGCCAGUUUUCUGUUUUAGCAUGACCACACGUGGGUCAACAACUUUCUGAAACUGAUAGUCACCGACAUCGUUCUUCCAAUAUCCUUCCUGUUACUCUACCACCAUCAUGUCGGAGCAUAUUCCACCUCCGAUAUAUUCACAACAGGAUCCAACAGAAGCCUACCCCGACACCUCUCGCGAGCCACAGAUUCUCAUUACACCGACCAUUGAUGCGCUCAAUUUCCAGAAAGGCUUUCUGGGUGCCGAAGGAGAACGCGCUGCCAUCGAAGGAGAGCUACAGAUCAAAGGAGCAGAGCCUGGCCGGUGGCAUCGAAUAACCAUGUCCCUACGUACUGUCGAGAAGGCCUACAGCCAAGAGAUUGAGCUAGGAACAUCGGAAACAGUGCUGUUCUCAAGUCCUGUAGAGAGCGUUACAGCUUUACCCUCUUCCGUGCUAUUCUCCAUACCUCUCAUGUCCGAUGCCCCCCAAGCCGUUAUUACGCCUCAUUCGUCGCUUUCACACACUUUGAUGGUCACCCUACACCCUACAAAUGUUUCGACGCCACCGGUUACAAAGAGCAUGGCUGUUCACACAAGGCGAUAUAGUUCCCAUGCCGAUUCUCUCCCCAUUUCACCCGAAACUCACGCUCUGGACCAACCAACGCGUUUUGAAGUCCAAGUACCUCGUACAACCUUCAAGGCUGGCGAGCAAGUUCCAGUUUAUGUAACGAUCCCGCCGCCUGCCAAGGAGAUUGUGGUUGACCAGGGACUGAGGCUGCGGAACGUCAAGGUUGAAUUCGUGAGGAUUGUGCAAGUAAAACGCGAUGGCCACGACGGGCUAGAAGGACCUCCGUCACCCUAUAGUGACGACGAGCCGUCCGUCGGACCGUCAUCCACCACCACCCAGGAGAAACGCGCAUCCACAUAUAAAUGGCCUUUGUCGCCCUUUGUUGUGGGAUCGUCUUUUAAGACUGUUUUAGCCCGGUCUGGCGCGUCUUGUCGCUUUCAUGCCACACGGCCAGUCCAGUUACGAUUUGUUUUGCACCAAACGUCGCCUUCUGGUUCACCUGCAGAUAAUCAAAUGAACCUACCGACAUCGGAUUACGUUCAUCUGGACAGUGACGCAGAAUGCCCAUCGAUUACCCAGUCGACGCUUCUCCAUUCCAUAUCAUUUAAGCUCAAUGUUUAUGUCUCCUUCGUUGACACAUCCAGCCACACGGAGCGCAUUUACACCAUAUCUAUUCCGAUCUCGGUGCUGCCCCCACCGGCACCACUUCCUGAAGUUGCAGAAUCGAUAGACGCGGCUUAUCAGAAGAAGCAUGACCGCCCGCCUGUGAAGACAAACAGAGCCGAGGACACCGACUUUUCCGUACCGCAUUACUCUGAAGGGGAGGCAGGGCCUAGUGGGCUUGGUGCUCCGCCACCGUUUGAAGAACGAGACGCCCCUCCGCCAUUUUUCCCUUCUGCUUCAGAGGCUUCGACUUCCACGCGACUACCUACGUUUUUGGAAUCGGAGACGGAAAUCAUUAUUCCUUCGCACGACGAGUGCAUAGCACUACCCAAGCCAUUGUCUACAGUUCUCGUGGGAGAGGGCUUUGCGUUCGGUUUUCUUCUCACAGAUCAAUUUGACGGGCACGAUAUGCAGCGAUCUUCUACUCCACCGCCUACACUUGAAAUGGCAGCUCGGGACACUGAUGUUACUCAGCUUGCUGAAAUACCUGCUACAAGCCAGUCAAUCGAGGCUUUGGGCCUCGUAUUUGAGCAACAGCAGGAAUCAGAACAAGAACCUCCCCCACCACCACCACCUGCCAUGGAUGAUCCGUCUGAUCCUCCACCUUCGAUUGACUCUGACUUUCGUAUACCACAUCACCAGUCUUCCAACCCAUCUUCAAUCUCUGAGCCACCGAGAUUACAUUCACCGCCACCAGCACCCUCCCAAGAACAAGUGGUCCACAACCAUGCACCACCUCCUUACCGAGUGCCUGCUAACCACAGGGACCAGGAGCAUAUCGCAAGGCCGCCACCAUACGUAGACUGACCAUACUAACUGUGCGGUUGCGACAUUUCGCAGAAUCAGAUAGGUCCUCGUUGUAAAAUAAAAAUCAGAAUACAUGUACGUGUGAAGUGUAAAGCAUUGUAGGCAUAGAAGAUGACGUGAACUAGAUAGAAACUAUGGUGACUAACCAGCGACUGCUGCGCAAGGGCAUG